CCCCCAUGCCUCCCGGGUUGGAGAGAUUCCCGACACAGCAGAGGUGGAAGGAAGCGCUUCACGCGAAACGUCCUUAGUCAUUUUACAUACGCCUUCGCAGCCUCCUUUACUUCCCCUCCUUUCUCUUCGUUCGUUUCAGGGUACUGUGUGGUAUCGAAGUAUCUUAUCACAAAUAACCGGUGUCUUACUGAGGUCUGUAAGAUAAGUGAUCUGACAUUAUGCGGUACCUACGAGGGCGCCUCGAUCAGCUCAUGUCGUGUACCGUCAAUUACUUCCAAGCCCGACCCAGAUAGCAUGUUAGCAAAUGAUGGCCGUGCAUCAGGAGUUGUGAGAGGUUGGUACGUUACGGUGAGUAAAUAGUUGCUAACAAUAGAUCAAUGAUGAACUGGCAUGCACACCUUGCAUCUUACCCCACUUCACUUAACCCCACUUCAGCCUCGUCCAAGAUGUCCAGCAUUAUUCCUGCUUUCUCUUAUUCCAUUUUUUUUUUUCGUGAGGUAAGCCCAAAUAACUAAAAAACAUUGAAAACAUGGACGAUAUAAUCUACACACUAGAUCCGGAAGGUGAUGUUAUCCUGGUUCUGCACAAUGUUCCUGAGAAUCUGCCAGGGAGCAUGUGGGAUAUCGAUGCUUCUACACUUACUGGAUUUUCGGACCUUUCUAUGCACUCUGAAGUAGUAUCUGAACCGCCACCAGAUAUUGGGAACAUGGAAGAAGAGAGCGAGAUCGUCGAAGUCGACCAUACUGAUGAUAUAGACAAACCUGCCGAGUCAUCCCGGAACCACGAACAUGUCGAGCAACAUCUUCAGAUUCGCGCAUCCUCUAAGCACCUCACGCUUGCUUGUCCACAGUUCAAACGUACACUACAACAUGGGUUUCAAGAAGGAAAUGAGUUAAAGUCUAAGGGCUAUCUGACAAUACCCGUGCAAGAUUGGCCGGCUCUACCUUUUCUGAUCUUGAUAAUGAUAAUUCACGGCCGAACACGGACAGUGCCUCGAGAAGUAUCUCUAGAAAGGCUUGCAGAGAUAGCUCUAUUAGUCGAUUACUACGAAUGCUAUGAAGCAGUUGAAGUGUUUUCAGAAAUGUGGAUUAAUGCCCUAGCCGAGAUACCCUUCGCAUCGGUAUCCGAUGCAGAGAAAUGGUUGUUCGUAUCCUGGGUUUUCCAACAAAAUACGAUUUUCGAAACCUCUUCGAAAUACCUACAGCUCAGAUACAGAACCAAUUUGGCAACCAUCCAAUUCCCAUUCCCCUCUAGUGUACGAGAUGCGAUCAAUAUGGCAAGAGAGAAUGCAAUUGAAAUGGUUAUUGAGUGUAUGCAUGACCAGUUGUCGAGGCUACAGAGCAGCACAAUCCAAUGUUCUUACGAAUGUGAUUGCAUGCUACUUGGGGCAUUAACGAAACAGAUGUGUCAAAUGGAGGUACUCUCCCCAAGACCAAUAUCAGACUUUCCAGGGAUGUCUUUUACUGGAUUGGUCAACGAAUGCCGCAAAAUGGAGUAUCCUCAGUGGUACAGCCAAAAGGGCAAGAGAGCUCAUAGUUGCGGCUUAUCGUCAAGUUUGACUACCCAGCUAGAAAGUCUGGAACACUUGUUGACUGGUCUGGAUAUUUCAUCAUUUGUCCAGCUUCGAAGACCUGGAGACCUCAAGUAAUCAGUUACUUCUCAUAUUUUUGCUACUUUCAGUUUACCAGAAUAUCUUCGUGGAAGAGAACAAACUUCCAUAUUUGAAAGGCUUGGGAUCGGAUCCGGGAUCAAGUCAAUGACAUUGUUCUGGGUGGGCCAUUGUUUUACUUUUGGAAUAAGUAGUUUAAGCUUGAUCGGUUUAGCUUAAUGAAGGAUUUAAAGCACUGUCAAGCCCAUAGGACAAUGGAUUGGUGCUUUUAUAACCACAGCAGUA